AUGCAUCGAAAUUACCUUCGGUUGCUCGGUCAUGGUGCUUCUUCGAAUUGGAUUCGGAAUUGCAAAUACUCGUUGAUCAGUAGUAGCACAACCCGAUGCACCUCAUUAUAUUUCAUGUAUGAUCCAAUAACAUCAUCACGGAAUGAUUUCAAAACAUACCAUAGAUCAUCAUCAUCAAGUUACAAGUCAUCACACUUGAAAUUAUCAAUUUUUCCAAAUGUAAAUUCCGAAGAGAUGGAACAACAGCCAACGAACGACACUACUGUUUGUUCCAUUUCACAACAAGAAUUAGGACGAUUAUUUGAACAGCAUGUCAUUCAAUUUCUAUCUCAAGAACCCUAUGAUUUUCAACUCUCACAAACACUCUCCUCUCACGAUCAAGGUAUUGAUUUUAAAGGAUUUUGGAAUUUACCAUUCAAAUGUAAAUUAACAUCUCAGCCCAUUUCUGUUUUGGGACAAUGUAAGAGAGAGAAAGAUACAACAGGUGUAAAAUCGAUACGAGAAUUUGAAGGAGUUUUAAGCCAUUAUCAUUUACGAGGAGUAGGACAACAUGUCAACACGACAACUCAAACGAAUUGCGACAAAAACGAGGGAACUCCAUCCAAUACAAUUAUUGGAUUAUUUGUGAGUUAUUCUGGAUUUACAGAAUUUGCAGUUCGACAAGCCAUUGAUUCCAAAUAUCCAAUCAUUCUCAUUCGAUUAAGUUUAGAAAAUGAGAGUGCCUCUACUGCCAGUAAGAAAAGUGAUCAGAGAAGUAAUACUAGCACAACAACAACAACAGCAAUUUCUCUUCCAUUGGACAUCUCUGAUGAGUACAUGCUCACCUAUUUUUGCAUGAAUCAUGCAGCACAGAAUCUCAUUCCAGGAUUAAGCACAUCGGUUGUGAGAAGAAGUGAUGGAAAAAAGUAUAUCACGUUUCAAACUCUAUAA